UUCAGCAGGGCGGUGCUUCUCAGCGGUAAAGUAAAGGACCAAGUGCUUUCGUGCGUACAAUAUUUUUCGUCUGUCUCGCAGAGGACAACACAUUUGUAUUGAAUUCAAAGGCGUUUAAUUUUUUUGAGAAAAAAAACUUUUAAGGUCAAUUUUUGAUGGUGAAUUUGUCGACACGCGGAGGCUGACUUACCUGCGGAGACUCGUUCACUUGCAGCAGCGACGGUGCAGCUUAAACCAGAAACACAUGGAUGUCAGGAGGAGGAGGCCCAAUGAUGCUGCCCACUUCUAUCUACUCGGCUUCAGCACCCAAUAGUCAUGUCAGCCAGCUGAGCAGGUACCUUAGCAACCACCACAACACGCCUGAAGAGGACGAUGAGACCAUGAGCUCUAAGGAGCGAGAAGCCAGUGUCGUUCACAAGCCAGACUCCGCCCCCAACUCUGAUGGCCACCGCCCCCCUCCGGAACACGCCACCUUUGCUGAUGACUCCCUGUUAAGCAGACAGAGGUUGGACACAGAGCGGGAACACAAACACAACCACACUCUCCCUCAACCUGGCUCCAGCUACAGCUUGUACCAGCCUCCCCGCAGCUUGCCUGCCGGGUACAGCCAGCCAACUCCGUUCCCCAGCCAGGCUGACGGUGCCUGGCUCCACCCGAGCUUUGCCAGCAGCUGGUCGGGGUAUCCCAACAGCCUGCCGUCCUCUCUGAACCAGAACAAUUACUCCAUCUGUUCUGGUGAUAGCGGCCUGUCAGGGUACAAGUUUGUGUCCCUGCCUGGCAGACACAGCACCAGUAUGAGCAACUUAGAGCAGCCACUCUCUCUGUGCUCCAAUCCGCCUUUGGGCAACUUGUUCCACCAUACGUUGUCUCCGUACACGUGCUUGCCCCAGGGAGCUGCCUGCUGUGAGCAGUGCCCCGCAGACGCCUUCAACAGGGGGCCUGUGGCCAACAAUCCCCCCUGGCCUCAGUACCACCCAGCUUACGGCCCGUACUAUCCAGGCGCCUGCAGACUACCUGGAGCUGGAUACACACAAAUUGGCCACAACCCUUCAGCUAAAGAGAAGCACCCCCCUCACAGCACACCGCUCUCUCUGGAGCAGAGGAGGGUCUUUGUCACUUACGAAGCGGACAACGACAAGCACGUCAAUGAGAUCAUCAAUUUUGUUGCUCUGCUGCGACACAACGGCUUUGAUACACAUAUUGAUAUUUUUGAACAGCAGUUCAGGAGUAUAAGCAAGAUAGACUUCAUGGAGCGGUACAUCAGUGAGAAAGAGUACCUGAUCAUCAUCAUCAUCAGUCCCAAGUACUAUGAGACGGUGACAGCCUCCCCUGUCUGCCUGGUGAACGACGAGAGGACCUUUAACACCGUCUACAUACAUAAACAGCUCCAGACUGAGUUCAUCCAGAAUGGAAGCAAGAAUUUCAGGUUUAUUCCCAUUGUGUUCCCCGGGGCUAAAAAGUGUCACGUCCCUAACUGGCUCCAAAACACGCACGUUUACGAAUGGCCGCUCCAUCGGGAUGACAUUCUGCGGCGGCUGAUGAGGGUCGAGAAGUACAAUCCACCUCCCAUCGGGGAGCUACCGACCAUCGUUUCCAUCCCCAUAUAGACACCUCUGACCUGAAGACAGACUGGACUGAAGUCUUUGAAAAAAAAACAAAAAACUUGCUUUUUGGAGAACUGCUGGCCACUGUUGAAUACAGGAAUACAUGUGCAGGAUGUUUUAUUUGAGUGUAAAUGUGACGUUAAGGGCGCUGUGUGAACUUUUCUCCUGGAAUAUGUUUUAUACUUCUAAUUAGUACCUUUAAAUUCCACAGAACUCACAGACAAGUGCCAGCGUUGAUGUUUAAGACAUGCACACAGGCAGCUUGAUGUUUACUGGUGCUACUCUAAGUUAAUUACUUUCACAGCCUGACAAAUACAAUGUUUACUUUUUAAAAGCAUAAUUUAAAAUUCAUAUUUUAUAGAAUUUGAAAACAUGAAUGUAAAUGAAAGAUUUUUAAUAUUUUAUGGGACUUGCUUGUGCACGUGUGUUGUAUGAUUAAACAGAUAUGAAUAGUCUGAUGACUGUAUAUUUGCAGAUUGGACCAGCAGAGCUUUCAUUUAUGAGAAGUAAACAGUGACAGAUAAUUCUCCCGGUACACGCAGCCUCAGCCAUAUUAUCUCUCUUAUUAUAGUGUCUAUCUAAUGCAAACAGCUGCCCAACUAGAUGAGUUACUGACGUAUUUUGAAGAGUAAAAUUAACAGACGAUGCCUGAAAAGCAACAUCUUUUAUUUUAAUUUGUUUUUCAUGACAUUUGGUGCACAGCAGAUAUUGUUUCAAGUGGAGGCAGAUUUAGAUUUCUUUGUUUUUUUUGGGGUCUUGCACAACUGUGGAAUUAGGCAGCAUUAGAGUUAUACAUUUAUAUAUUAAAUUAUGGACAAAACUAUUUAAGUGUUUUUUCAUGUAUUUUUUACUUUUUUUUUUUUUUUUACUGGUAAAAGUGCUGGCUUCCUGAAUGCUUAAAAGAGCACAAGAGCAGUUGCAAUGUCAACCGACAGAUUACCUGAUUUAAAUAUAUGGUUUCUGCAAGUUGAUUUUCACAGCAUACUGAAACAAAUACAUCCAAUGAAACCAUCUAGAGCAAUAUGUAGUAAUGUGAAUCAUACAUUUGUAAAAAACAGGCUAAAACCAGCAAAAAAAAAAAACAGUUAAUAUGGUCAAUUACUUACAUGGUUCCAUGAUACACCACAGAUGAAAGGUGAUGUUAGACAUUUUGUAUUUUGUUUUGCACCAAAACAGUGCUUAAUGGAUUUCUUGUAAAACUACAAAUGUUAUAAUUAAAACUGUAGAACUGCA